AAUUCACAUAGUGUACGAACAUUGAAUGAAAAUUUUGAAUCUGCAAUUUUGAGUAUCGUUAUGACUGAUUCAAGAGAACCACAAAAACCAGUAGAAUCUCACCCACCUAAAAUUGGUGAUGAAAACAGUAAAAAAUUAAAGGAUAUCGAGAAUAUUGAAAAUAAACGUCCCUCGGAAAUUAAUAGUAUUGAAGUGGGUGCACGAACUGUUGCACAUGUAGAUGAAUACGUCAUGAUGGCUAUGCCAGAACUUUUGGAGACAAACAAACGUAAAUUCGAAACAACACGUUCUAACAGUUCUUAA